AUGCUCUUCUCAAACCUUUCCGUCAUGUCAUUACCCUUGAUGUUACAGGGCCUUCCAAGCGUGUUUGCAAAGCCCCUUUGCACAGACCACACAUUUAGCUCCAUAGAGCUCGCCAAUGCCAAGAUUCUUUCCAUCAGCACCAGUGUCACCAAUGUCGAGCUUCCACCAUGGCCAACCAACGAAUGGCCCAAUAACUCGACUGAUCCAUUCUCAGUGUGCCAAGUCAUAGUCAAGUAUACACACCCAGGCUGGAAUGACACCAUCAACACAUACGUAACACUGCCAGUCUCAGGCUGGAACGGUCGAUUUGUUGGAGUAGGUGGUGGAGGCUGGUCAACUGGCGACCUUGCAGACCUUGCACAACCCGCUUCUAAUGGAUAUGCUGCAGCCACUACAGAUGGUGGUCACCUCUUGGCUAAUAGGCAAGAGCUAGACUGGGCUUUGCAUAGCGCAGGAACCCUCAAUUGGCCUGCUUUACAGAACUUUGCAGCUGUUUCUCUGGAUGAUGCAGCGACUUUGGGCAAAGCUGUGACAGCGGCUUAUUAUGGAAAGAAGUCAAAGUACUCUUACUGGAACGGAUGCUCUACGGGUGGCCGACAGGGUCAUAUGAUGGCACAGAGAUACCCGACUCAGUAUAAUGGCGUUCUUGCUACUGCUUCUGCUUUCAACUGGGACAAGUUCGUAACAUCGGAGUACUGGCCGCAAGUUGUUAUGCACAAGCUCGGCUAUUAUCCUCCCAUCUGCGAGCUCAACGCCAUCACCAAGGCUGCCAUUGAAGCUUGUGACCAACUGGAUGGAGUCAAAGAUGGUGUUAUCUCAAACCCAGAUUUCUGCAAGUUCGAUCCCAAGUCUGCCGUUGGUAGAUCAGUAGAGUGUACCAACCCAUCCGGCACAAUCAAGAUUUCCAAGAAGGGCGCUGAGGUCGUUCGCUUGACGUGGCGCGGACCAGAGACUGAAGAAGGAAAGUUUCUUUGGUAUGGACUUGAUCGUGGGGCAGACUUGAGUGGUCUUGCCAACACAACAUGCACCUCGUUGAAGGACUGCACUUCAAGUCCCUUCGCCAUUGCCCAAGACUGGCUCACCACUUUCCUCCUACAAGACCAAUCGGCUAGUUUGGAUGACCUAUCUCAUACAGAGUACAGCAAGCUCUUCCGGCAAUCUGUCAACCGUUUUGCCUCAGUAAUGGGCACAGCAGACCCGGAUCUCACAGACUUCAAGAAAGCAGGAGGAAAAUUGAUCUCAUGGCACGGAACAGCAGAUCAACUCAUCCCACACAAAGGCUCGGUGGAUUACUACAAGCGUGUUCUGGAAGAAGAUUCCAGCGCGACGGAUUACUACAGAUUCUUCGAAGCACCAGGUGUUGGACACUGCAAAGGUGGCGAUGGAUGGUAUCCCGGAAGUGCCUUUGAUGCUCUUGUCAAGUGGGUUGAACACGGCAAAGCACCCGAGACUCUGUAUGCAGAGACCGUAGGGACGGAAAAGCGCCGAGCCGUUGAGCUGUGCGCUUAUCCGAAGCGGCUAACAUACAAGGGCGGUAACCCAGACCUUGCAUCCUCUUUCACUUGCAAAUAA